UUGAAGUGGGCGGGGCGACGUCAUAUCCCGGCGUGUCCCGCGCGCCUCCGUCUCUUCCGGCGCCAAGAUGUCGAAGCGAGGACGCGGAGGUUCCUCCGGUGCGAAGUUCCGCAUCUCCCUGGGUCUCCCGGUGGGAGCCGUGAUCAACUGCGCGGACAACACGGGCGCCAAGAACCUCUACAUCAUCUCCGUCAAGGGGAUCAAGGGGCGGCUGAACCGGCUGCCGGCGGCUGGUGUGGGCGACAUGGUGAUGGCCACGGUCAAGAAGGGCAAACCCGAGCUGAGGAAGAAGGUCCACCCGGCAGUGGUCAUUCGGCAACGAAAAUCAUACCGGAGAAAAGACGGGGUGUUUCUCUAUUUUGAAGACAACGCGGGAGUGAUAGUAAAUAAUAAAGGUGAAAUGAAAGGCUCUGCGAUCACAGGCCCUGUGGCGAAGGAGUGCGCAGAUCUGUGGCCCAGGAUCGCCUCCAACGCGGGCAGCAUCGCGUGAACGCCUUUUGUCUUCGUAGGGAUCAAAUAAAAAGUCCUUGUACCAAA